AUGUUGUGCUGGGGAAAUGCAUCUUUUGGACAGCUUGGAUUGGGUGGAAUUGAUGAAGAGAUUGUUUUAGAACCCAGAAAAAGUGACUUUUUCUUAAAUAAAAGGGUCAGAGAUGUAGGAUGUGGACUGAGACAUACUGUUUUUGUCCUGGAUGAUGGGACUGUUUAUACAUGUGGAUGCAAUGAUCUAGGACAACUAGGGCAUGAAAAAGCCAGGAAAAGACCCGAGCAUGUAGGUGCACUGGAUGCCCAAAAUAUUGUAGCUGUAUCAUGUGGAGAGGCCCACACUCUUGCAUUAAAUGACAAGGGUCAGGUAUAUGCUUGGGGUCUGGCUACUGAUGGACAGCUUGGCUUGCCGGGAACAGAGGAGUGCAUCAGAGUGCCCAGGAAUAUUAAAAGCUUAUCAGAGAUCCAGAUCGUUCAAGUUGCUUGUGGUUAUUAUCACUCGCUAGCACUCUCAAAAGGAAGUGAAGUGUUUUCCUGGGGACAAAAUAAAUACGGCCAGCUGGGCUUAGGUUAUGAGUAUAAAAAACAAAACUCGCCACAUGUGAUUAAAUCUCUGCUGGGAAUCCCUUUUGCACAGAUUGCAGCAGGAGGAGGUCAUAGUUUUGUACUAACUCUUUCUGGAGCCAUUUUUGGAUGGGGACGCAACAAAUUUGGGCAGCUGGGUCUUAAUGAUGAUAAUGACAGGUAUGUUCCUACACUGCUAAAGUCACUGAGAACUCAGAAGGUUGUUCAUAUAUGUUGUGGAGAAGAUCAUACUGCUGCCCUUACAAAGGUACAAUAUUUAAAGAUAU